AUGACUCCGAGAUAUACGGUUUUCUUCAUUAUCUUGUUCUCUUCUGGUUGCAUUGAAUUAAUCAAUAGCUGUAGUUGUGCCAGUGAUAUUACAUUGGAAAAAAGUUUUGCUGCUGCAACACACGUCUUUACUGGUAAAGCUAUUCGAACAAAACCCGGAUCGACCAAGGAUGAUUAUCAAAUAACAUUUGAAGUGGACAAAUUAUUCAAAGGUUCAGUACCACCGAACGGCCAUAUUAUUGUAUCGACACCAUAUGAAUCAGCAGCUUGUGGUGUGCCUAUUAGCGCAGGACAAAACUGGCAAGUUUGGACAACAGGAACAGAUGGUAGUUUGAAAGUAUUAGCCUGUGGUCGCUCUACAAGUGAAACAACACGAGAUAUGAAUUUUCUUAAUCAACAUUAUAUCCCUCGAUCUGCUGCGAAUCUUCAUAGUUCAUCAACAUAUCGAUGUCAAUAUUCAUUGAUUAUUACGAUUGUGUCAUCCUUUGUCUUUCUUGAAUAUCGUUUAUUCUCUUUCAAUAGAUAG